AUGCUACCAAGAAAGCGGAAAGUGCUCACCGUGGAUGAAAAAGUGUCAUUAGUUAAAGCAAUUGAAAAUGGUGAAAAACAAACUGAUGUUGUGCGGCGAACGGGGCUUUCCCAAUCGACUGUGGCUACCAUUUGGAAGGAUAGGCGCAAGUGGCUUGACGCAGAUGUGCAUGGGGAUAAAAAGAAAAUGCGAAAACCUCAGUAUGAAGACUUAGAUCGUGCUAUUCUGCAGUGGUUUCAACAGCAACGCAUAAAUAACAUACCGCUCUCUGGACCUUUGAUAAAAAUGAAAGCUGAGUUUUAUGCAACAGAGCUUGGCAUUCCUGAUUUUAAGGCUUCUGAAGGUUGGCUGAGCAAGUGGAAGCAGCGCCACAACAUUAAUUAUGGACAGAUCAACGGCGAGGCUCGUGACGUCGAUAGGAACACUACAGAUGGCUGGCUAGAAAAGCAUGCAGGAUGGCUGAAAGAUCCCGAGCCAGCAGAUGAUGAAGAUGACUUGCCUUUGGCCGUUUGGGUUCAGCAGCUGGAGCUUCCUACAACAUUUUCAGAAGAGGAGCUUCUGGAUUUUGAAAACAUCGAUGGGCAAGUGGCUACAGCAGCGGGUGUUACAGACGAAGACAUCCUGAAUUCUGUUCGUGUUGAUGAAGAUAGUGAUCAGGAAAACAUUGAUCCAGAGGAGGAGCCUGAACCAGAACCGGUCCCAACUCCAAAAGAGGCAUUGGAGGCUGCUAAAGUACUGAGAAGAUUCUUUACUCACCAAGAUGAUCCUGUGGCUACGGAAGAUGUCGGUCGUUUAGAAGAUAAAGUGAGGUCAUUGCUGUGGAAAACUAAAAAAAGGCAAACGACGCUAAAAGACUUCUUCCAAUAA